GUUUCCUUCCUCAGCUGAAGAGAGGAGAGGGUUUUGGAAAAGAGUGAAGUGUGAGCUCCCUUUGCUUGCAGGAAACCCCUUCAUCCUGAUGCAUUUUGUAGUAGUGACACACACUCUGGGCUAACGUGGCUGCUUUUCUACCAGGAUAGCAAACGGGUCGGUUGAGCAGCACGUCCUGGAGCUGGUGCUGGUGGGGGUUGGGUCAGAAGGUGAGCAGAGGGCUGUGGCACUGACCAUCCCCUGCCCUGCUGGGGAGCCCAAAUCGCCAUGUGUCAUCAGUUGCAGAUCUGCCACAGCUUGUAAUGGGCGUGAGAGCUUAAUCAGAGUGCUCGCACAGCUCCUGAAUAAGCACUUAGACUAAAAAUAAAGUUUUAUUUUGGAGAAUAAGCAGCUGGUAGUGCUUUGCAGCUGAGGCUGCGCUUCUCAAUACAUGUAAGGAGUUGAAAGAAUGAGGCAUUUUUCUCCGGGCUGUCGCAAUAAGAGAUGCUAUCCUAGCAGAGAUGCUAAUGCUUCAAAAUGAAGUUUCAUUCUUGAGAUUAAAUGGCAGUCAGGGGAAUUAACCGUUUCUAAUUACUGCAGCUAAAGAUCGGACGUCUUGGCCAGAAGUUGUGCAAUCUUUCACACUUCUGAAUGAUUAAAGUAGAAAUGCACGCGUGGUCUUUAGCUUCUGUUCUUGCUUGGUCAUGGGGAUGUGUUCUUCUCACUCAGGGUACUUUGAUUAAAAACAGCUAAGUGCUGUCGUAUCAGAUAAAAAACUCGGGACCUGAGCUCCCACACCUGAACAGCUCUGUGCCUGUUGGUCCCACGGCUCGUGGUGGCACUGGCAGGCUCUGGGGCUGCCCCCGGGGCUCUCCUUUAGGGUGCUGAGUUUAGGGCUGUUAUAGGGUUUGUUCAGAAUGGCUGAGCCUCAAGGACAGAAAAUGUAGACGUCCUUCCUGUUGCCCCAUUUGCAGGAGAAACAUCAACAGCGAAGUUUGGUAGAGGCUGAUUGGAGAUGAACUCAGCUGUUUGCCCACAGGGAAAGAAAGAGCGCUGACCAGCAGGAAAAUGGUUUGGAUUGCUUUUCUGUGGAGGAAAAUGUGCUGGUAUGAAUGACCAUGGAAAAACAACAUACAGAAGGGUGAAGGGCUCUCCUUGCUGGAGAAGAGUAACCUCUGUGCUCGGUGCAGGCUGCACGCCAGGAAGGGCUUUGAUGGGAGCAGACAGUAUCAUGGUCGUUGGCUGACCUAAGAGGAUUCCCUGCAAGGUCUGGGGCAUAUUAAUUCCUGUAGGGAAAGUCAAAUCCCCCUAUAAACGGGUAUUUGUGUCUCUCGGUGGCUGAAACAUUGAAAACAGCUGAAUCUCUCUGUUAAGGUCAUUAAGAGAUCUCUGUGCAACAGGAACAACCUCCUCUUUUUCUUCCUUUACUUAUAUGGCUCAGAUGUAUGUGAAAAUAAGCAGCAUUUUUAAGGGCAUUCCAGUUACACUCCCUCUUGAAGGAUUUAAACUUUGUCGUUCCCGUUCAAGAUUACGCAUGCAGCACAUGAGCUGCCAGUCCAGGCCUUGGAAAGAUGAUAAAUUCCAGCAGGGAGAGAAUUUCAUAAGGAGAGAAGCAGCAGCAGCCUUCAUGUGCAACUGUAGCAUUAGAUAGUCUGUAAGAAAAUUAUGCUUAUCAGAUGCUGAUGCCCUUCGUGGUCAAAGCUAUAACCAUAAUGUUAUAAGCCACGGCUUCUGACAGAGCUGUGUGUGCAGGUGGGUUAGGAGAUAGGCUGCAGCUCCAGCUUGCUGCUCUGUUGCUGAGCCUGCAUGUGCAGAUUGCUUUGUUGCAUCUGUAGCUAACUUGUGCUCACAUCUGAAGGGAAGGAGCUGCUUUCAAGUCUUGCCCUGUGCUGAGGAUCACACAGCUGUGCCACAAGGCCUGGUAGAGGCGAUUAAAUGGAAUGCUGGAGUGCUCCCGAGUGUGCAAGGAGCAGGUUGGUCCCUGCCCUGCUGCAGGGAGGUGCCAGCAUGUCGCCUGGCUUCACCUAGGAGGCAAUUCUGUUCUACAGAGCGACUCCCAUUGGGGGAAGCGUGAAGGGUUUGGGGCCCAUGGCCUUGCUGGGGAGAGGGAGUGAGGGGGAGCAUGGCCUCUGGUGUGCAACAAGCAGCCAUGAGCGCAUCGCACCCACUCCUGGCUGUGGGUUAUUGCCUUUUGUUGUAGCUAGAUGGGGUCCUGCGUGCCGUGCCUUCCUUCUUCCUGCACAGACUGCUCAGCUGAAGCUCGUGUGCAUGCAGGCGGUCUGUGAAACGCUGGCUGCUGUGCCCGUGACCUGGAAACGCCAACGUGUGCUGGUUCUGGGUUUGUUCAGCUGCUCACGGGGUUUCAUUUGAGGAAAGAGAAGGCUGUCAGUGCGUGCUGGAUAAUUCCAGGCUGUGGGUCACGUCCUGCUACAUCACCGGUUCCACGUUCAGGAUAGAUCUGUCCUGACCUGGGGUUUGCUCAGUGUUGCCUGGCUGUGCCUGUCCUGCCCUGCAAGCUCAGCCCCGUGCCACAGACAGGAGAUCCAAAUUGCUGUCGACAGGUUUUCAAGGUUGGGAGCUCUCUGUCAGUUGAGCUCAGUGCAGAGUCCGUGUGCCACAACGGGUGCGCUCCGGGACAAAGCAGAUGGCUGCCUGAAGAGAUCAAGCUGAAGCUCCCCACCAAGCAGACAAAUGCGAACCUCUGCGGCUGUGCAGUGUCGUGUGGUGACAGCCCCAUUUUGGGUGAGCUCAGUGAGCUCUGCACCCAGUGAGGCUGCUCCCAGAUGGCCUUUUUCCAUCCCUUCCUGAGAAAAGGAGGUGUGUUUGAGGAAGAAAGAAGGGGUAACGUGAUGUGACCAUCCAAGAUGAGGUGUGUUAUGCCCUGUUGAUGAGUCACACUGAGUCUCACGGGACUGCAGUGCCCUCCUUUUGGCCCUGUUCCUAAGGGAGCGCCCUGCAGCAAUGGGUUGCCACUGUCCUCAGAUGGAGUUCUGGCUCACCAUAUGCCAUCAGGGCUCAUGUAUCAGGGAAGCCCAUCCCUCCUAGCAUGCGUAAGGAAUAAUGCAUUAAACCCCAGUACAUCAAGUAGGAGCAAUGAGUAGAAAAGUUCUUUACCUAUUUAAUGUAUAAGCUUAGGAUUUCCCUGAGCCUUGCAGAGUCAGUGUUUGUAGCUGGAGGCUCUUCCAUCUGACAUGGUGUCCCCUGAGGUGCUGUUGUUCUCAGUAACAAAGUUUUGUCUGCUUUAGAAUCACCUUUGUUGAUUUAGACUAAAAAAUGCGUUCCCUUUAAUGGUUUUGGGACUUGAUUUAGAGCAUGUCUUUGGCAGCUCGAUGACCAGAGAGAACUGCAUCAUUGAAAUAAUCGUGAAAUUAUUAUUAAAAAGGCUGUACAACAGAGUUCUUUACCUCAGGGAUGGAAGCAAGCCCCUGCAGCAUCCAUUUUUGGGAAGCAUAAUUUUGUCUGUGGUCUUUGGCUCCUAGAAGCCUUCCCCUUGUGAUAUGGGGCAGCAUCUGAGACUUCUGUGUGUAUGAACCACAUUUGGAAUGGCUGUAUUCUUAUUCUUGAGAUCUGAUUCAGAAGUUUAAAAUCUCAAGGUAAUGUUGAGCUCUGGUCGCUUCGAAAGCUUUUAAACACAAUUAUGCAGUAUUGAUGCCUGAGCAAAACAUUCCCCCUACAAAAGCACUGUUGACGAUGGUUGGUCUUGUGUUGAGUUGUAGAGGAGCACCAACCCUCUACCAGCCGGGCCACGUGGUGUAUAGAAUCAUCUAGGUUGGAAAAGAUGUUCAAGACCAUCAGGUCCAGCCAUCAGCCUAACCUACAGAAUCCCAUCACUCAACCCUGUAUGAGCAUGGAGGGGCGGUCAGCUCCACCUGUAGGCAUUCAGAGGGCAAAGAUGGGAGAGACAGCCACCAUGGGCCGUCCCGCCACGUGCCCUGAGAGCUGCUGUAGCCCCUUGCUCACUCUGGGGCAGCUUCCACCCCUUCUCUGCCCCACGGUGAUGUUGUGCACCGGAGGGUUCUCUGGGCCCCACUUGUUCUGAUGGGGCUGAGCUGAGCCAUGGCCAUCUCCUGUCCCGGGGGAUUUGUCUCCCUUUGAGUGGACGUGAAAGUCCCUCUGAAAUAUGUUCAUUUUAAUUUGUCCUUGCUCUGCUGAGCGAGAUGGAGACUGAUGAGGGUGAACGGGGCAUGCGAAAAGGUGGGUGUGAGAAAUCAAUGCCGUAACAAGGCAAAUGAGCUGGGCUGGAAGUUUGGUACGUGAGAAGCGAGCGAUCCAACAUAUCUUGGUUUCUCUUCUUCCCUGCCUUGGGCAGCGAGGAAAACAGGAUUAUGGCUGUUCUGCUGCCUUUAGCACAACGUCCUAAGAGGACAUUCUCUUCCUGUUCCAACUGCUUCGUGUUUUCUGAGCCUGUGUCAUUUCAAGCUGCAAAAGAAGUUGGGAUUAUGACUUGCAGCUCGAGCAGCGGGCUGUUUGUCCCUGCAGAUAGUGUGGGCACUAAUGAAUUGCUUUUCUUCCGUGACCCACCUCGUGCUCUGCUGUGGGUGAAGUGUCAGCAAAUCCAGUUGAACUCUUUAAUCUCUAAGAGGGGAGGAGAAAAAAAAAACCCAACUUUAAGCAGCCCCCGUAUCUGUUCCUGAGCUGAACUGGGUGAUAACAGUGAGUUUAGCCUCGUUCCACUGAUAAACACAGCUCGGCUUGCAAUUCUCAAGAUACUUUUGUAGGUCAGCGUGGAAACUGUCGCUGUGUCUUCAGUUUUGCAGCCCAGAAAAAUCGUGCAUUGUCCACCCCCACCAUCUGCCAGUCAGAAAGCAGCUCACAGGGCCGCGGGGCCUUAAGUUUGCAGUUCUGGUGGGAUUUGUGCUUUGCUUUUUUGGCUUGUGCUCUGCCUUUCUAAUCACGCACACAGCAGCUCUACUUGUGAGGCGCAGCUACAGACCUCUGUGGUGUCUUCGUUCCCUCUUUGCAAGAGUUAACGUUAUCGUUGUCCCAGGAUAGCUCAAUUGUGUUGACUCCCUGAAUUUGCUGUGUGUCUCAGCAGAAGCAUCCGCUUUACCAGGAAUAAAUAUGCUUGCAGCAGCAGCUCUUAAUAAAUAAGCACGUUGGCAGGCCUGGGAUUUUUUUUCUAUGGCCAAUUAGCAUGCUCUACCUCUCGACAGCGCAGCCUGUGUUGUGUAUUGCAGCCCUUCUGGUGCCUUUUCUCUUGCUGCCCUGCACCUGCACCCUCCACAGUCUUUCAAUGGUGCUGGGCACUGGUAAAAGCAUCAUACAGAAAUGGUUUUUCUUUUUUGGAGUUGUCUAUUUUGGAGGGGCUUUGUCAGCAUGCCCUCUGAAAUGCCAUUCGCAGGAGCAGCCCUCAAAGAUCUCCUUUUCCCUUCGCUCCAUCCCUGCUGGUGCCGCAACUGAAUGCCGGCAGAGGAGGCAGCGGCUUGCAUGGCUUCCCAGGCUUGUUUCUGCUGGGCUGCAUCUUUACCCCUUGGUGAAGCAACAGCCAGCAAACGUGACCAGCUGCAAAGGGUGUUUCUGUGGCUGGGUUUUCAGCUUGCAUCCGUGUUUUUGCUGAUCCCAUCAGAACAGAUCUACACUGAGACUUGCAGUCUGGCCCGGGCAUCUCCAGCACUCUGGGCAGUUAGAAAUUAAGCAUGACCAAAAAUGCAACAAAUGUAGAUUAUUUUUUUCUUAAUGCACUCAGAAUGACUGCAUGAGUCACCUGGGAGCUGUGCUGAGCCUCACUGAGAAGUGAGGGGCAUCCGGACUGCUGGUCUGGGGUUACUCACACGUCAGAAGUCCUCAAAUAGCUUCUUGCACUUCACUGCAGCGACUUUCCUUCCACUUUUAUACAUCCUGUUCUUAACCCUGAGACUUCUACAGCACAGAGACUACCAGCAAUUUCCUUUUCGGUAUAGGCGUUAGCUCUAAAAUACAUGUGUGCACAUUUCUUUUUGUUUCCCCCUGCACAGAUGCAGUGACCAUUACUUGGUCGUGCCUGGUGCUGACUCAUCUUGCAAACCGUGUGCCAAAAGGAUGCUGAGCAGCCAAACCUUAACACCAGGGCCCUCUGUCUGCCAGCUGUAUACCCGGGAUGGACAGCGAGACGUCCCCUGGAGAGCCGAUAACAGCUCUGAUGAGAGCUCUGCUCAGCCAGCACAGCCUGCAGCCCCGUUGCAGUUUGGUGGCUGUGCCCCUUCUACUGCCCAUAGGACUUGGUGUAUCCCGAGUGCCGCUCGUGCCUGCGCUGCCCCGCGUGGCACACCUCUCUCCAGGAGCUCUGCCUCCUGCUUUAGCAGGAUUUGCACAAUGGAAGCCCUUUCCCCUUCUCUCCCUUCUCUGCCUUUCCCAUUUGUGCACGCUGUGUGCUCAAGCAGCUGCUGUCAGCGGGAGCGCACGGGCUGCCUGCGGGCCGGCUCUUUGUCAGCAGGGCUCAGCCGUGUCUUUGUUUGCUCGCUGCUCGGCGGAGAUGCUGCAGGUUGGUUAGGGGCAUUGCUCAUCCUAUUUGCUCUGCAGCCAGGGCAGUUGCCCGUUGUUCCCAUUGCAUUUUUAUGGUGUGGGUUUAAGUGCUGCGAGGCAUAGUUUCUUUGUACCAAUGGAAGUAAGUGAAUGCCCGUCUGCUGGCCGACAGCCUGGGGACUGAAACGGUCCGGCUGGGGCUGCAGAAAGGGGAAGAGAAAGCAUCUGAAUUUCCAAAAGCAAACCAAAAGGGCUGAGUUGUGUUAUUUUUGUAUGAGCUGUGUGGUUCGGAAGGGGGAACUCGUAUCUGUACAUCGCUGUGCCACGGAGCUGUAGAACAAAGGCCAGCUGGCUUUUUGUAAAUCACUGCAGUGAUCAUUUAAAGCUGGAAGGAUUACAGCGGGCAGACGGCCGGGCGGUGACUGGGGACAGACUGCGUGUGACCUCAGAGGUGGUGCUGGUCUCUGGUGUGAGCAACAAAGAGCCGGUCUGUGCCUGCGUGCGCCAGCAGCAUCACAGCCCUGUCCCAGCAGUGUCAGUGCAGCUGCGUGGAAACGGAGCUGUCACCGGAGACAAAACUUGGUCUGUCCUCUGGCACGGUGCUGUGACAGUGUGGCGUAGUGCUGCAGCCUGCAGCCCUGCUUGGGUGCUGCCCUGUGGCCCUGGCUCAGCCUGCUGUGGCAGCACACAGCCUGCCCUGAGCUGCUCGCACAGACUGGGGUCUUGCACAGCCGGGGCAGCUCAGCCUGUGUGUCUGCAAAAAGCCUUUCAGAAAGCUGUGAUUGUUCUGGGCUGCUGGGCGAGCUCUGCUGUGUGAGUGCAUUUAAACAACACGGGGUGGUACCUGAGGAGACAUCCGGAGAGGGAGCCCACGUGGGACAGAAGGAAAUCGGCAGGUGGCCCCGAGGAGGUCCUCUGUUUGCUCACGUUAUUAGCAAGGAGAGAGGAAAUAAUGAUUUAUUGACGCUUCUGUAAUUCUCCUCUGCUGGGCUACAAAGGGAGAAAUUCGGUUUCCUUUCUGAUAUCCUGGGGUCUAAUUGAGAUAUAAGGGCCGCCUGGAGGGCAGCUCACCUGCAGGGCCGUGGGUGCCCCGUGUCACAGCUGUGACCGAGCUGAGGAUCCGCCAUCUGCACAGCCCGGCGAGCAGCACGUUAACGCUGCGCUUUGGUUCAAGCCCUUCUGCCACGGCUGUGUUAAUGGAGGGUUGGGUGGGAAAACGCAGGGAAGAGCGUGGCAGCACAAAGCUGUUUGUCACAGCGCUGUUCUGUCAGUGUAAGAAUGCCGUGCUGUGUAGAAAGGCAGCAGUGCCUAUGGGUUGCCGUGGUGCAGUGGGACGGCGGUGUUAUGGCAUGGCAAGCACUGCCAGCAUGCAGGCAGGGAUGGGGAGCAGGGCUCGCAUAGACUGUGGGGGUGGCAGUGUGGAAGGUGGAAUAACAUCCUUACCAGAAAGCUGUGGGUGCCCCAUCCCUGGAUGUGUUCGAGGCCGGGUUGGGUGGAGCCCUGGGCAGCCUGAGCUGGUGGGGAGCAACCACCCAUGGCAUGGGGUUGGAGCUGGGUGAGCUUUAAGGUCCUUUCCAACCCAGGCUGUUCUGUGGUUGUAGGAACGUGGCCUUCCCUUCCAAUGAAGUCCUACAGCUGCAUUGUGAGUGCUGGGUUUGGCCUCGGUCCGAUACCUUUGUGAAUUUGGUGGAUGUAUUCCAACAGACUUGCUUUUAUUUUCUGAAGUUUUCCCCUGUUGCUUUCUCUUUUUUUUUAUAUAUCUUUCUGAGGAAAACGAACCAACCAAAAUACCUCCUACGUUUUUCGUGCUCAAAGCUGAGGAUUGCAGAGGGCUCCCAUCCCCACCUUGUGUGCGUUUCUUUCCCACCGUCUGCAGUUGUUGUUAAUUCACGUUUGGGUUAGUAAUUAAUCAGGGAAUAAAUAAUACAUUGUAGGCUAUCAGAACGCUGCACUCCGGUGCUGGGGGCAGCAUUCCUGGCCUUGACGGGGAGGGGCUGCAUUCUGCUGCUCUGAGGUCCCUGAAAGGCCAAUUCAGGUGCAUCCUUGAUGAGACUGCAGGGGUCCCAGGUGUGGAAACCUCCUUCUUCCCGUGCCCCUUCACCACAGCUCUUCCCAGCUUCCUGCUGUGCGUUGGGUAUGUCUUGUUUCAAGGCUGGCGUGUAUCUCAGCCGAGCCGGCUGGCAGGAGGAUUAAGUGUUGCUAUGACAGUUUGGGUGUGGGGAUUUGGAAAAGCCACCAAGUUGCAAAACAAGCAGCAGGAAGAAAACGAGCAAAAAUGCAAACACGGAGCAAAGUGACUCCGAAAGGCACCAGACUUCAGGGCUGCGACGUUGGUGGCUGUGUGCCUGCCCUGGGGCAGCAGGAGCUGGGUGGCACUGCCAUCCGUCCUGCUGUGCUGGAGCAGGAUGUGGUCCUCCAGUCCAUCGACCGUGCCAUCGAGGCUGUGCACAACGCUGCCAUGAAGAACGGGGGGAAAUACAACCUGGAGCAGAGGGAUGUCCUGCAAAAGCUGAUCCAUCACCGGAAGGAGACCGUGUCCCGCAAAAGCCACUCUCCCAGCCCUCAGGGGAUGGUUAUGACGCAGUCCUCCAGUGACCACCACCUGGACGCGGCGCGGCAGCCCAACGGCGUGUGCCGGACGGGGUACGAGCGGCACCACAGCCUGCCCAACACGGAGUUUGAGGAGGAGGAUGAGGGCCCCUAUCAGAUCCCGCCGCAGCCCCGACGCGCCGCUCCCAUCACUCCCCCACCUCCAGAGAAACGCAAGAGCGCACAGAUGGCCGCACCCCUGAAAAAUGCCGUUGAAAUUAUCCCUGGGUCAGCUUCCAGUGCCUCCUCCGUGAGCACCACGUCCCUGGACACCCUGUACACCCCUUCCUCCGCCUCGGACGCCGCUCUGCCCACGGCCGCCUCCAGCCCUGCCACCACACCUCCUCCCGUCCCCAGCCGCAGCGUGCACACCACCAUCACACGCAACCUGGACACCGGCCCUGCGGCCCACUCCCGCUACACGUCUUCCCCAAAGGAUGGGGCCAGCAAAUCCCCUCAGGCCAAACGGGCUGCCCCGGCACCGCCAUCCGACGUGGGGACCCCGAGGUCCCAUGCUGCAGAUGGGGAGAAGACUCUGCAGGGCAAGAAAGCUGCCCCAGCGGCCCCCGCAAACCUGGAAGCGUUCAGCAAUCUCUGUCUCGAUGAUAAGAAAGCUGCUGUGGCGGAGCCAAUGCCACCGGAACCCAGUGGGCUGGUGGCGUCUGUCCCCAAGACCAUAGGUGCUGAACUGAUUGAGUUGGUCCGCAGGAACACCCACCUCAGCUACGAGCUGUCACGCGUGGCCAUCGGUGUGGUCAUCGGCCACAUCCAGACCUUGGUCCCGGCAACCAGCGGCAUCAUGGAGCAGAUCCUCAUCUCCGUAGUGGAGAGUAAGGACCUGAGCUCGGGGCUGCCCUCAGGACAGAUCUGUCACGACGAGCAGCGGUUGGAGGUGAUCUUCGCAGACCUGGCCCGGCACAAGGAUGAUGCUCAGCAGCGCAGCUGGGCGCUCUAUGAGGAUGAGAACGUUAUCUGCUGCUACCUGGAGGAGCUGCUUCGCAUCCUGACAGAUGCAGACCCAGAAGUUUGCAAGAAGAUGUGCAAGAAGAAUGAAUUUGAAUCCAUCCUGUCCCUCGUGGCAUAUUAUCAGAUGGAACACAGGGUGCCUCUGAGGCUGCUGCUGCUGAAGUGCUUUGGAGCCAUGUGCAACCUGGAUGCUGCCAUCAUCUCCACGCUUGUAAACUCCGUGCUGCCGAUGGAGCUGGCGCGGGACAUGCAGACUCACACGCAAGAUCAUCAGAAGAUGUGCUACUCUGCCCUGGUGCUGGCAAUGAUAUUCUCCAUGGGGGAGCCCCUUCCAUACCAUCAUUAUGAACAUCUCAACUCUCAGUUUGUGCAGUUCCUGCUGGAUGUGAUUGAAGACGGGCUGCCCUCGGACACCACCGACCAACUCCCUGACCUAUUCAUCAACGUCCUCCUGGCCUUCAAUCUCCACAUUCCAGUUCCAGAGCACAGCGUGAUCAUGACGACAAUAAGCAAGCACUCCAACGUCAAGACUUUCACCGAGAAGCUGCUGCUGCUGCUGAACAGGGGAGAUGAUCCAGUUUGUAUCUUCAAGCAUCAGCCUCAGCCGCCGCACUCAGUGCUGAAGUUCCUGCAGGACAUCUUUGCCAGCAAGGACACAGCCAGCAUCUUCUACCACACAGACAUGAUGGUCCUGAUAGACAUCCUGGUGCGGCAGAUCGCUGAUCUCUCCCCUGGAGACAAGCUGAGGAUGGAGUAUCUGUCUCUGAUGCACGCCAUCAUCCGCUCCACGCCGUAUCUGCAGCACCAGCACCGCCUCUCUGACCUGCAGGGCAUCCUGCAGCGCAUCCUGGGGGAGGAGGAGGAGGAGCAGCAGUGCCAGAUGGACAAACUGAUCAUCCUGGAGAUCUAUAAGGAGUUCCCAGAAAUCUCCCCUGGUACCAGCUAACCGCGCCUCGGACUCGAGUUUGAACCACUUGGAUCAAAGACGUCUCUUGUUGACACUUUCUCCCUGUUCCCUUCCAGUACAGCUCAUACCUUACCCUCCUUUGCGCGAGGCCUAAGGUUUGGACAGUGUUCACCUGCCCUGUAGGGGUGUCAGCGGGGUGCCCUGGGGCCUGGCGCUCCAGGGAGGGCAGCGCUGGGCACAGCAGGCUGGGUGCUGGUGCUUGGUUUGCUCCCAGCGCUUGAGCAGGAGGCGCUUAGCCAGCAGGAAGGGCAGAGCCCGGAGGGACGGCAGCCAGGUGGGGUGUGUUUAGCUGCGCUGGUGUCCCGAGGUCCUGAAGCGAAAGGCCUUUGCCUUAGAGCAUCACUUUAUUUUUCCAUGUGCAUCUCUCCCUGCAGUGACCAAGUGGAGUCUGUCGGUGCUUGGAAGAAGCUUUUGUAACAUCUGUUUUGUUUCUGCUGCUCGUGCCAAUGCGCUGCAGCGCUGCCCCGGGAGGCAGUGGCUCACCGCCCAGCGCCUCGCCUGCGAGCCUGACCCUCCCUGCUGGCCUGCAGCUAACGCUUGGGGCAGCACUGUGCCCGGGGUCCUGCUCUUAGUGCAGCAGCUGCUUUGUUCAACCCGCUUUCUGUAGUGACCUUUAGACCUGAGUAUCUUGCUCGCUGCGGCAGCCCAGAACCGUGACCCCUGGCUGCUGCUGUUAGGAGCCUUUGGCGUGGCUGUGGCACAGACAGUGCCCCGUGCAGCCAUAGCUGCUGCUUGCCGCCUCCGCAGCAGCACUGCCCCGGGCAGAGGGGCUGCAUGUGGGCAGUGCUCUGUUCUUAAUGCCUGUGGGUUUCUUGCCUUGAGCUUCGCAGUAGCUCUGCUCGCUGCCCUCCUGUCCGUGAGGCAGCGUGCGCCUGGUGUCCAGUGGCUGUUUGUGACCAUGCACGAGUGUGGGGAACCCUUAUUUAUGUCCCCUUUAGGUUUGUAGCCAACAGGACUAACCUGUAUCCCUGUUACAGAUAAGUCACACACUAACGUGGGUCCCUUAGGUAUCCGUGUGCGCAGUCUGGUCGCUCCUGUCCCCAGCUCUUCCUCUGCGGUACCCUGUGUAGGAGCUACGGGCGUUUGGAACUGGAAACACUGGGCACAGAUAUAUGGCUUUAGGAGACAACAGCUGAGCUCUGCUCACAGGCCUGGGCUCUGGGCACUGACGUGCUCAGGAACGGAAAGGUUUGUUGGCCUGUGGCUGCCCGAAGCUUCAUAACCACCCUCGUAGAGAAGCCUAUUUUUCCCGUGUAAAAAUGUAUGAAUGUCAAAAGGGAUGCUGUAUUUUCUUAAGCACUGAGUGUAACGUGCAGAGGAAUAAAGAUGUCUUAAACUGGA